CCUAGUUACUAUAGAAGUAGGAUUAAGGGAUCUAUAAAUAUGGCUGCAAAGUUUCACCAAGCAAAAUUCAUUAUAGUCGAACAAAAAAAAAAAAGAUGGCAUUGUCUGGCAAGAAACCUGUGAUUGUUAGACAAGUUUUUGCAGAAGAUUUGAAAAGUGAGUUUGCGAUAAUCCAGAGUGCAAUUUUGGAGUAUCCUUUUGUCUCCAUGGAUACCGAAUUUCCAGGUACGAUUUUCAAGCCUUAUAAACGAGUCAUUCAAGAGGCCAAUCCUGUUAUCAACUACCAGUAUAUGAAAUCGAAUGUCGAUGGCUUAAAGAUUAUUCAACUAGGCUUAACCCUUGCUGAUUAUGAAGGUAAUCUGCCAGAUUUUGGUACUCCUUUCUGUUACAUAUGGGAGUUUAAUUUUAAAGAUUUUGAUAUGAAAAAAGACUCUUAUGUUAAGGAGUCCAUUGAGUUACUAAAACAACAAGGUAUUGAUUUUGAAAAAAAUAAGGAGAAGGGUAUUGAUUCUAUAGACUUUUCAAUGAUGAUUUGGAAUUCUGGAUUAUUCAAUUAUUUUAGAGGACUCAACUGGAUCACCUUUCAUGGUGCUUAUGAUUUUGGGUUUUUGAUGAGGAUUUUAACUCAGCAACCACUACCACCGGAGUUUAAAUCUUUCAUGAAACAAUUAGUUUCUUUCUUUGGUUACAAGAUUUUUGACAUCAAGCACACCUUUAGAUUCUUUGGCCUGGAUGGUGGCCUGGAGAAAGUGGCUAAAACCUUAAAUGUGGAUCGAAUUGCUGGUUUGAGCCAUCAAGCAGGGUCGGACAGUCUUCUCACCCUUCAAUGUUUUAUGAUGCUUAAGAAAUCCAAGGUUUUUGAAUGCAACCAAAGACAGAGCAACCGAAUGCUGCCUGCCCUCGCAUUGUACGGGCUAGUUUCAACAAUAGGAUGACAAUUUUCCUAUUUAUUUUUGGUGAUUUUCUAUAGUUUAUGAUGAUGUAUUAAAAAAAAUUUUCUCAAUAAAUCUCAAUUAUUCUUAUGUUCAAGAUUGCUUGCUUGCUUGUUGAGUUAGUUACUAAUAUU